UCUGUUGUCAGCCGCCACACCUGUUCAGACGCAGGCUAAGGAUCUACUAGCUGUGAGCUACUAAAUAGACCAUAUUACUCCUGUAUUACUAACGUCAGGGGUUAAAGGUUAUAUUCGGCACCUUCUAAGUGCGGCCCGGAAUACGUGAAGAAUUGGUGUUUCGUUGUCAAGAAUACAGCGGGAAAGGAUUACUGAUAUAUCUGUGGCUGCACAGGAUCCAAGAGCACAGCUUUCAAACUGUGCAGAUAUGAGUUAAGAAAGUAAAGUUAGGACUCUUAACGGUAAGGUUAUGUUUAAAGUCUUGGACAUAUUCUGUUAUUAUCUAAAUAAAUAUAUUGUAAACUGCUGUUAUUAGCCUACUUAUUACUAAUGAAUGUAGCCACAUUACGUGUAGCUAGUUAUAACAAUAAUCAUACAGAUUAUUCUCAUGCAAUAACUGAGAUUCUGAAUGCAUAAAUCAGGCAUAAUCCAUGGGUGAUAAAGUUUCAAGUAUACUCAAUAGCAUACUGAAAUCAAAUCCCUCCAGAGAGAAAAUCUUAGUUGACGUAGCAAGUCUACUGUACUUCCUUGGUAUAUUGUUUAUCUCUGGAAUGCAGAAAGACACGUUUUAAUUCAGUCUCCAUGUUUGUUGAAGGGAUAGGCAAUGAAUAGGUUUGUUUGCUUCUCAUAGUAAUGUUUCGGAAGUAAGCCAUAGUCAAAUACCAUAAAACUGUUCAAAUCACAAGCAAGUUCAUGUGAGAAGCUGAUAUCCCAGGUUAGUUUUACUGUCAAAUGAAACAUACUGCGUGUGCAACCACUGCUGAGUCAUCGAGGAGAGGUGUCUGAUCUGCUGUCCCUGUUGCUGGACCAUAGGAGAGAGUAACCAGAUUACCUUUAUCCACUUUGGCUAUUGUUUCAACUGUAGCUUUCUACUGCAUGGGAACUGUAAGGGUUGGUGUGAGGUGUGACCCAGGUGCGGUGCAGGAUAGACAGUAGGCAGAGGUGGUGAAACAAGGAUCUUUACUGGUGGUCCCAAAACCAGGAUACAAAACAACGGACUAUUCACGAAAACAAAUGUCACAUAUGUCUCCAAAAAACAGGCUGACAGCAAACAAUACGAAAUACUAACUCUGACUGGAAAAACACAAUGACACAGGGAGAACACUUCUCGAGUACCUGUAAUUCCGUCACAUGAUCCGACACUGAUACGUACUGCUUGACAUCAAGGAACCAGCAGAGAAAACUGAGCAAGGGAACACAGGGAAGUAAGGGCAUUUUUGUUAGCCAUAGCAACCAAUGUUUUUGCACUGAUUAAUACACAAGUGAAUCAGGUAGACACAGGUGACACCAAUAGGCAGAUAAUUAGUCCCGACUAUGAGUGAGGAGGUGCCUAUGGUUGUCGGAGGAUGACACCUAGUGUGUCGCUCCGGAACUGCGACCCACUCCUGUAACAGGGAACACAAUAUGAUAGACCUUUUCUACAAACAACAUAACUACAAUGUUUGGGAAACAUAAUACAUUUUCAACAAGAGUAUCCCAAGUGGCUUAUUUGCAGAGGAAUGGUAUUAGCUUGUUGUGGUCAUAUGGGAAUGUGUGUUUAAUAGACCUGUUUCUCUAUGAUUUGGAUGUAUAUUGCUUCCUCUUGUUUCAAUGAUGCCCUUCAGCUGAGAGUUUCAGAAAGAGUAUGAGGUUAGAGAGAGAUGCAAGGUUUUGAUACAUGGCUAAAUAACAUUUUAGUCAUUUAGCAGAUGCUCUUAUCCAGAGCGAUUUACAGUUAGUGCAUUCAUCUUAUUAAGACAGCUAGGUGAGACAAUCACAGUGAAAGUAAAUACAUUUUUCCUCUCACCCCUCUUGCCUUUGUCAGGGACCUGAAUGCUGGUGUCAAGACAGGAUGAGUGACAACACUGCAUUGCCUGAGGGUGCAGAGAGCGGGAAGAAAGAACAUGUCCGCCAGUGGCUACAUAGUAGUCCCACUGUCCCACAGGAGUAUAAUGAGGAUGUUGCAGGGACAAGUCUUCUCUGCCCUGGUAAACAGGACAUGGUGGCCCAGGAGGAGAGAGCAGAGUCACCUGGCUGCCUGUCAAUGAAGAGUGAUCACUCAAUGGGUCAGCCAAUCAACUUCCAACGAGGACGUGGCACAAGAGACAAAAGGUUUGGGCCUGUAUUCACAGUCUCAGAGUAGGAGUGCUGGUCUAGGAUCAGUUUCACCUUUUAGAUCAUAAUUAAUAAUUUUAUAAAGGACAGAGGGGAACUGAUCCUUGAUCAGCACUCCUACUCUGAGACACUUCAGGCCUUUUAACACUGCAAUGAUCUUAGCCCCGGGCUAAGACUGACCCUGGGCUAGCUUAUCCUGUGUUCACACAAACAUUUGUUAAUCCUGGGCUGAAAUAUCCUAGGGACAGUGGGGAGAAGACGUUAGCCUGCCUGCAUAGCAACCAUUUUGUUAGCCAUAGCAACCAAUGUUUUCUCACUGAUUAAAAUAUUUCAUUUUUUGUCACGUUGUUGACCUCAGAUGGAAGGAUGAAAUAGUAUAAAUGUACUUAUUAAAAUAGUGUGCAUAACUCAACACAGGCAGCACAAGCAUAUGCAAAUUAGGUGAAAAUCCAGCUAUUGUGAUUGGACAGUGAAAAAGGAGAUAAGUUUUUCUUGAACCCCUGUUUGACACCGGCUAUUUUGGCACCGUGUUUCUGGGGAUAAACCCUAAAAAGUUGGUGCUAACCCUGCUCUGGAGCAGGACCAGCUAGCCCUGGGCUAAGGAUGGUGCUAACCCUGCUCCGGAGCAGGACCAGCUAGCCCUGGGCUAAGGAUGGUGCUAACCCUGCUCCGGAGCAGGACCAGCUAGCCUUGGGCUAAGGAUGGUGCUAACCCUGCUCCGGAGCAGGACCAGCUAGCCUUGGGCUAAGGAUGGUGCUAACCCUGCUCCGGAGCAGGACCAGCUAGCCCUGGGCUAAGGAUGGUGCUAACCCUGCUCCGGAGCAGGACCAGCUAGCCCUGGGCUAAGGAUGGUGCUAACCCUGCUCCGGAGCAGGACCAGCUAGCCAUGGGCUAAGGAUGGUGCUAACCCUGCUCCGGAGCAGGACCAGCUAGCCUUGGGCUAAGGAUGGUGCUAACCCUGCUCCGGAGCAGGACCAGCUAGCCUUGGGCUAAGGAUGGUGCUAACCCUGCUCCGGAGCAGGACCAGCUAGCCCUGGGCUAAGGAUGGUGCUAACCCUGCUCCGGAGCAGGACCAGCUAGCCCUGGGCUAAGGAUGGUGCUAACCCUGCUCCGGAGCAGGACCAGCUAGCCUUGGGCUAAGGAUGGUGCUAACCCUGCUCCGGAGCAGGACCAGCUAGCCUUGGGCUAAGGAUGGUGCUAACCCUGCUCCGGAGCAGGACCAGCUAGCCCUGGGCUAAGGAUGGUGCUAACCCUGCUCCGGAGCAGGACCAGCUAGCCCUGGGCUAAGGAUGGUGCUAACCCUGCUCCGGAGCAGGACCAGCUUGCCUUGGGCUAAGGAUGGUGCUAACCCUGCUCCGGAGCAGGACCAGCUAGCCAUGGGCUAAGGAUGGUGCUAGAAUGUUCAAGUGUGAACACUCGCAUAGCCGCAGGCUAAAAUCUCCAUAAGCCCAGGGAUAAGGAGACUCUUAGACCCGGGCUAAGGUGCAAUGAGAACAGGCCUUUUGAAUAUGGGUCCCGAUUUCCAACUGACAUUUUGCAGUCAUUACAAGCUAUGUUAUGGGGUUGGGGCACUGACUGUAUUUUUCACAGGGAGGGAGCAGAGUCACCUACGCCCAGCUGUGUGUCAAUGAGGAGUGACCGCUCAAUGGAUCCACCGAUAAACUACCAGAGAGAGUUUAUUCCCAAUCCCAGGUAAUUUAUGAUUUUCAUAAUGAGGACAUUGCAAUGGGUCAAUGGGUCAGCUAAUCGACUUCCACAAGGUCACGGCGCAAGAAACAAAAGGUCUGGGCCCGUUUUCACAGUCUCAGAGUAGGAAUACUGACUAGCAUCAGUUUUUGAUAUUAUUUUGCAUAUUCUCUGAUGACGGUAGACUGACCGAAAGCUCAGCCACAGUUAAAUAAAUGAAUUUGCAUCUGACUGGGAAUGUGCAGAGACCUUUUCCUGUUUCUCCACUUUAGCAUUUUGACUCCAGCACCUUCACUAAAUCGGUUUGGGUGUGCUGAAGAUUUGGCCUAUUAUCUACAAGAUCAUAAUGAAUGGACAGGUGGGGACCUGAUCCUAGAUCAGCACUCCUACUCUGAGAAGCUUUGAAUGUGUGAUUGCAAAAUCUUGCAAGCGAUUGUACAUCAUGAGGAUAGGAUUGAUUAAAAACACAUCUCCAUGUAUUUUUCACAGGGAGGGAGCAGACUCACCUACACCCAGCUAUCUGUCAAUGACGAGUGACCAGUCAAUGGAUCCAUCUCUAAGGUAAUUUAUGAUUUUUAUUUGAUCUAACAGUCGGUCAUGUGGGAAAUCAUUACUAUAAAAAAUAAACAAAACGAAAAUACACAAUACCAUGCAUGUAUGUAUAAAAACAACAUUUGAGGUUAUCCAAAACAGCUAAUUUGUUUAAUUUCAAAUGAAUGUGUUUCAACCUAAUGUAUUUCCACCUAAUGUAUUUCCAUCUAAUGUAGGAUGAAGAUUUCAGACAUAACACAACUAUCCAUUGGUGGAGUGCAUGCAACAAUGGUAUGUUGGCAAGAUUUGAGCUGAAAUUGUAUGUAUUCAUUGUAAAUGUAUAUUCAGUGGAUUGUUGUUUGUUCUUAAUAAUAAACAAAAGGCAUUGGUGAUUUGGCAAAUAACAAAUAUUAACUACAUGUGCAGGUACAGUAACUGUUAAUUGGUUUUCAAAAAAAUACUACUGCAUUUGUUGAUGAUCAUUUUUAUUUAUUUGGUUCUCAGCCUACAGAACAUCAAGGUAUGAACAGAGCCAGCGAACUCAGAGAAUUCCCACAGAGAAUCGAAGACUGGACUAAGGAGCAUGUGAAAGAGUGGCUAAUUAGUAGCCUCAAACUCCCUGAGGUCGCAACAAAACUUUAUGAACAGGAUGUGUCAGGAGCUAGCCUGGUUUGCAUUGAGAAACAGGACUUGACUUAUUUAGGUGUUAAGUUUGGGCCUGCGAUUCAAAUCAUAAAAAAUGUAGAGCUACUGAGAAACUACUUGGAGAGUGUACGGAGAAGCAUGAGAUCCCAUGAGAGUGACCCCUUCAGAAGACAGGAAAGAUUUAGAGCCAUACCAGAAGCUAGGAUAGGGUCACAUGAGGAAACUACGGAUUCUGACAGUGUGAAAUCGGAGUCGGUGGCUCCAAGUCUAAGCUCUUCAUGGACAUCAGUGGAAGAACUGAGACGUUCAGAUUCAGAUGUUGCAUCCCCCAUUCAGCUGCCAAUGGGAGAGUCGGAAUCCAUUCCAGCUUAUGGAAAUAUGGAGGACAAUCCGAGAAAAAGUGAGACUUCCAUCUCAUCAUUUGAAACAGCUCCGAAUCUGGAGAAGAGAAUAUGUCCCCCACGUCCCUUCGACAAAAACGACCCAUCGUUCACAUACAUACAAAAUGAUACCCUCCCGCCUGAAGCCGGUCCAAGCAAUCUCAUUGAGCCGGUACAUGAGUACAAGAUCCUGCCAAGCACAGAGGAAGCCAGUGAGAAAGAUAUUCUUGACAAGUUCAGCAAGGAAGUAUUUUGUUUUUCCGCAGCCUGCAUGAACUCUCGCACCAAUGGGACCAUUCAUUUUGGGGUGACAGGCGGGCCCGGACACAUGCAUGGACAGGUGAUUGGGCAAAAACUGCCAUCAUUCAAUAUGUAUACAGACAAGUUUGACUUUCGUCUCAAGGAACACUUUGGAGAAAAAACAAACAUCGCAAGAGCAUGCAUCAGGCCUCCAAAAUUCUUUCAGGUUCAACAUCUAGAUGGCACGACUUCAGACAAGUGGGUGAUAGAAGUUGAUGUUGUCCCAAGUUAUUCACAGACUCAAGAGAAGCUUUUCUAUACCUCAAUAAUAUCUGAACAUAGUGGAGAAGAACACAAAACUGAAUGUCUAUUUCUUCGACAAGGCCCAAAGAGCAUCAACGUUCUUGCAGACAAUAAUCCCAGAAGUCUUCAGGAGAAGAUGAGUGGUUUGACAGAGGAAGUCAAAUGUUGGUCAUCAGCACGCAAGUCAAAAGAGGAGAGCAACUGUCAGCAGCCCAACCAAAACCACCAAGGUCAGAGGCUAAAACAAUUGAUAACGCAUGGGAGAGACACACUUGAAAACUCAUUGCAAGUUAUAGUUGUCACAAACAAGUGCCACCUCAGUCAACUUGAGCAUUUGGGUUUUUUGAAAGAGAUGAAGUUGUUUGCAGUGCUCGAGUUUGACCCAGAAUCUGACAUGAACGGGACAUGCUGUUUCUACAGAACAGAUCGCAUAGCUAAUCUUCACUACCCUCGAAUGUACAAUACCAAUGACAGUGUCUCCACUGUUAUCGGAAAGCUGAACUUGUUUAAGCAGACAAGCUGGGUAUUUUGUAAUGGUAGAGCCAAUGAGGACAGUGAAGCAGACAGACCUUUCACUACCAGUGAUUGGCUGAAGAAACGCGCCGGAGAAAUCAGCGAUAUGGUUUCAUUUCUCUGCCAUCCAGAUGUCUUGACGAAAGACAGAUUACUUGUGGUGUUCAUGCUUCACUCAGGAGUCACUGACAUCUCAAGCCCUAUACUCGAGGCCUUUUGUGCAAUCUAUCGCACUCUUGAGGGUGAGGAUAAUAUGCUCUGCAUAUGCAAAGAUUCAAAUGUGUUCAGUCAAUGGAGAGACAUGAUACACACUCGCUGCAAAAUGGAUAUCACCAGUAAAUGUAUCUACGAACUGAGUCUGAAUGAAAUCAACUGCACCAUCAGGAAAAUCAAAGAACCCCAGACACGGUCCUCUAGGAGAUAUCUGCCAUCUUCUGGCUCCAGUUCGGUCCUCCUGACACAAAAAGAUGAAGAGCUGAUGACCGUACUUGAUAUCCUGAGUGAAAAUGAAUGUGAGAACACUGAAAUUGAAACCAAGGACACUUUUGAGGAAUUCAAGACCAACACGGAGGAGGACUUUUAUAGAGGCGGACAGGUGACUUGGUGGAACUUCUACUUGUCUGAGAGGCCAGGUUGUCUGCCAUUCAUCAAACGUGACAAGUAUGAGGAUCUUCACAACCUGAUCACACCUACAGAGGGGUACACAUCACCAUGUGUAAUAAUCAACCUCUUCCAUCAUCCAGGUUGUGGUGGAACAACACUGGCCAUGCACGUGUUGUGGAACUUGAGACGUAAAUUCAGAUGUGCCUUUCUGAAAAACACCAUAGCACAGAACAGUGAGAUCGCAGUCCAAGUCGCACACCUGCUGACCUGUGGCAAAGAGAAGCAGUCGAGUUUUACUCCUGUUCUACUCUUGGUGGACAACUGGGAGGACGUUGAAGACCUACAGAGAUGCAUACUAAGUGCAGCCAAUGAGAAGAAGAAACCUGAGACUCUGAUGGUGAUCAUACUGAACUGUGAGAGAUCACAGAUUCCUGCAGAGAGCUCCAGAAACAGCCGACUUGACAACGUGUUCAUUAUCAACAAACUCUCCACCAAAGAGCAGAGCUUCUUUGAGGUGAAACUGAAAGAGCUCAAAGGUCACCAUGAAAAACCUGAAACGUUCUACGCCUUCAUGAUCAUGACAAACAAUUUCAGUGAGAAGUACAUCAAGAAUCUGGUGUGCAACACCCUGAAAGACCUUGACACCUCCAGAAAAGAAGGACAGCUAUUUUCACUCUUAGCUUUGCUAAAUACGUAUGUGAACGGCUCCUACAUGUCCCUGUCCCUGUGUGAGGAGUUUGUGGGGAUUAGGAAUGCCCUGUGGGGAAAGGAGACACUUGAGGACAAAAUGAACCCAUACUCCACGCUUCUGAUCCGCUUCAACAUUGAAGAGCACGGCACUUAUCAGGCAGUUAGGUUUCUACACCAAAUGAUUGCAAGUAAUUGCCUUAAAGUCCUUACCGGAAAGCACAAGCUUCAACUGGGGGAAAUAACAACCAAUCUGUUGCACUGUGACUUGCUGUACAAAUCUGGGAUGGGUAAGGACAUCCUGGUUCAAAACAUCCAAAGUAUGCUGAUCACGCGGCAAAGAAAGGAACUUGGACAUGACAAAGAUACACUGUUCUCUCCAUUGAUUGAAGAUAUACAGACGGAUGAGGGAAUCAGCCAAAUCAAAGAAGUUCUUGUAAGAGCAACAAAGAGAUUUGACAAAAACGCAACUGUGCCACAAGCUUUGGCAAGGCAUUUCUACCUGAAAGAGAAAGAUUAUACAUCUGCUCUGCAAUGGGCCCAGGAUGCACAGCAGAAAAAGUACAAUUCUUACAUUGCUGACACAUUAGGGCAGGUGUACAAAAGCCACCUGAAAUAUGAAAUUGAGCAUGCUGAAGAGCUCACACCAGAAGUGUUAGACAAAUGCCUCAAAUUAGCAUUUCAGGCCACCAAAGCAUUCAGAGAUUCACAGGAACUCGCGAAGAAGGAUGAGCCAAUGGAUUCCCUUGAUCUGCCCAACAGAAAGAGGCAACGAACCUACAACACAUCUGGGUAUGUUGGUGAAAUGGAAGUUUCAAUUAUUAUUUUUGAUAUCAUUCAAGAUAUUCCUUUCUUCAACAAAAGUGACGCACACCAGAGAGACAAAAUGCUGCAGUUCCUCAAAAACCACUUGCCAGUGAGUGAUUUUCAUGAAACAAGCAACAGUACAAAUGUUCAAUUCAUUGCUGUUCUGGCAGACCAUGAGAAAUUCCUGGUCUCUUUGAAGCCACGGCUGAAGGAGAUGUUCAGUUUUUUUGAGAACUACUUCACAUACCUGAAGCCGAGGUCAAUCGAGAAGGAGACAGCAGAGGACAGAAACAAACGAAAAGUAUCAGAGCACUUCAAGAAGUACAUGCAGAUCUUCUGUUCCUCGGGAGAAGAGAGGGCCUCUGAAAGGGCCAGUAAACCAAAACUGAGUCUCCGUCAGGAGAUAGAGGAGCAGCGAAACUAUUUGGAGCAAAAGCGAGCAGAUUCAUUUGCUGGGCUUCUCCAGUGUCUGAAUGAGAAGAAUGGGUUACAAAUGGAAUUAAUUCUGAAGAAAUGGCAGUUCAUUGUUCAACAUUCUACACGAAAACUCAUGGCUGACCGGAUCAAUUUCAUCCUUGCAAACAUUGUUCUUCACUGCAUUAAGCCAAGCUCAACAUUGCUGAAGAGGUACGAGGAGCUGGUCUCCCUUCUCAACGAGGCACUGCAAGAAGAGGGAACCCAUUCAAACUGCACAGAGCUAUACUACCUCUCAAUGUUGCUGAUGUGGCCAAGAAAGGACAACUUGCUUGAAAGCACAACAACAUUCAAAAACAUUGGCACGUACGUCACAUCAUCGAAAAAAUCCUUCCAUCGUCGCUUCUCCCACAUGUUUCCGGCGAAGAGUUGCAUCGCACAUUUCUACCUCGGUAACUCAAGAGGACUGAGGAGAAUAAUUCACAAAGGCAGGCUUGAUCAGUUCCUGUGCAAAGAGGGACCCAAAACCUCACACAAGAAGGCCUCAUUCAAAGAUAGACCCCCAAACCCGCAUCAACUGUGGCAAAGUGGAGCAAUAUGGAGGGAUCCUGAGAUACAAAACCUGUUACUACGGGUCAAAGGGAAAACUGAAAACGGUGACAUUUAUGUUUACUACGGGGGCAAUCUGAAAAUCUCAGUACGUCCAGUAUACCUUGGUGGAGUCCGGAGUGGAUGCAGCACGGAGGAGGUCUCCUUUUACCUUGGAUUCACCAUGGAGGGACCCGUAGCCUAUGACAUAAAGUAUGACAAUGACCCGUAAACAGCUUACCAUCAGGUAGACUGAGUAAGGGACGCAAGCGUUCGCACUUAGGGAAAGGAAAGGUUUCCAUUGAAGUUAUAUAGGUCUAUAGGGUUUGACUUGGGUGAAUGUCUGUGAACCAGGACAGAAUCACAGUAAGUAAGAUACAAGUGUGCUCUUGUCACUGUGUGAGGAAACACAACCUCAACCACCUGGGUAUAAUCAAAGCAGAGAGAACAGGUGUCGGGUGACAUGCAGCAAUGAAUCAUUCAUGCUUUUAGAGGUGGAACAAUGACAAUCAAUCUUGCAUAAGAAAUGGAUUGCACUCUCUCUAAGUCCCUCUAAUUUUAACAUUUGAAAAUACAGUACUAUACAGUAGCAGAUCAAUGAACAAGCAUUGUAGGCCUAUAAACCAUGUGCAACUAUUCAAUGCUUAAAACAUUUUUUUAUGAUUUUGCAUUGUGUUUGUUGAAAGUAUCAAAUGAUUAUUAUGUUACAAGGCAUAUCGACUUUCUGCAAGUUAUCCUGUUAUGCAGCUUCUUCAGUUGUUUGUCUAAAUGCAUUCAAUUGUGCGGUUAUAUUAAAUUAUAUGCUACAUUAUUUACAAGAGACAAGAAAUUAGGAUAAAACCUAUUGUCAAUGUUGUUAAUUUAAUGGAAUAAAGAUGAUUGCAUACUAUAUAUAUAUAUAU